UAUCAUUUAAUCAAACAGUAACAUUUAUAGAAUAUAUUAGUAAAAGAAGUUCAGUAUAUAUCAAUUAAUAUGUGGUAAUGUCAAUCUAAAGAUGUUGUUUUAAUGUAAAUUAUUUACAACUGGUUUUCUUUCUUGAAAAUACACCUUUUUUAGUGCUUAUUUGUUUUACUUUUAUCAUUAUGUCUGAUAAAGUUAUGCUAGUACUUGGAGAAGCCUCAGAAUCCGAAGAUGAAGACGUGCAAUAUAAUGACAAUAAUAGAAGUAUAUUACAUUUAAAUACUGAAAGUAAAAAUCAGGAAUUUGAUAUUAUCAGAGAAUCUAACACCAUUAGUCAGAAAACAAAAAAAAGAAACCAAAAAAAAGAUAUUGUACAAGGAGAAAAUUCAAAAAUUUCCGAAGACACUUUACUUCAUCGAAAAUUGAAAAAAAACAUGCAGUUUUAUUCUAAUAUUUCAAUAUUAAGUACUCUAAUGUAUUCAAAUGCUGUAAAUGAAUUAAAUGAAACCGAUCAACAACUAGUUAAAGCACAAGUGUUACUUCAAGAAACUGUCAAUAGUUGGAAAUAUAUAGAACAGAAUUUAUCUCAUGUAAGAAGAAAAUUGACUGAUAUACUUUCCGAGGAUUAUAUUCCUAAAAUAAAUAUUUGAUUUUUAGCAAAAAAAUCAAUAUUAUACUAUGCUAAUAUUUUAUUUAAAAAAAUAUUUUAUUAUUAUUAUUUAAUUACAUAAAUAUUUUUAUAAGUAUUGUUUAUACAAUAAAAUAAUUAAAACAUAAU